GAACCGGCACGCCUAGUUCCGGUAUUACGGUAACUGAAAGGCUGCGUUGCUUCUGUGUCAGACAGACCGGUGUUUUACUGGAAGACGCCGAGCCGAACAGGUCUUGGAUGUUAUCCUCUCCGCCGAGACACGGACAUCACUUAAACUAGCCAGGUUCAACUUGGAGUAUUUAUCACGUGGCUUUUUCAAGAACCUCAAUUUCCACGUUGUGACAUUUUGGGGCAACAGAGAUUCCUUGGAUUCAUCUUGACUCAUCCUCCAAAGUCCCUGACCACAAUAAGAGAAAUUGAGAUUCCCAACCCUUUGCCCGGUCUUGCCAGCUGCUAUAUAGCAACAGCAUGGCAGACAGUCGACAGCCGGAAGACAGCGCCGCUCAGUGGGACCCAUCAGGAGGGCAAGAACCUGGCGGCACCCAUGGAGCAAACAGCUACUCUUCGUCAGCCUAUCGGACCUGCCAGCCUGGAGGGGCCCACAUGACCACCGCUCCUUACACUGCGAGGGAGAAUGGAUUUAAUGGCGAACUAGCUGGAGCUCCCGCUAUCACUGCAGAGCAAGUUUCGGCACGGAUUGUGCAGGAAGUGACAGCAGAGGCAGUGGCGGUGCUAAAGGGAGAACAGGAGACUCAGCGGCUGCCGUCAGUUGAAGAUACCACCAACUUGCCUCCCUCCCCUCCCCCUUCACCUGCAGCUGAACACUUUGGUCCCUUGGAGCAAGAUGUAGGGGAUGAGGAGGAGGCGGGCCCUCUCCGCCGCUUCCAAAAUUCUCGGGAGAGGUGCAAGUUCCUCGCCCCCUCCAUCUCAGUUUCCGUGCCCGAGGACGACCCCUACCACUCCGACGAGGAGUACUAUGAGCACCCAUUGUUCAGCCCAGAGUGGACGCACUCGGGCGCUCGCCCCACAGGGCACGCCGUGGCCUUUAGACAGAUUGAAGAAGAGACCAUGGAGGCUCUUACAGCUGAAUACGAGGAAGAGGAGGAAGAGGUUGAAGAGGAGGAGGAGGAGGAGGAGGAGGAGGAGAGUGCAGAGGCGGCAAUGUCCGAAGCAGCUCUUGAUGAGCAGCAGUGGAGUGGGGAAGAGCCCGAGCUGGACAGCCCCAAAGCUGAACUCUUAGAUCAGACAGAGGCCUUAGACGAGGCACAGGUUGUAGACCUGGGGCAGUCUGAGGCAGCUAGUGCUGCCACAGAAAGCUCUGUGGACAGAGAGGAGGAAGAGGAGGAGGAGGAGGAGGAUGCAGAGGGUGAGGAAAGCCAUGAGACAGGUGUGUCCUGCCCUCUGCUCUCCCUGCCUGCAUGUUACUUGAUGGCUGUAUUUGUGCUACCGGCUUACAAACGAUCCUUGUUCAUAGCAUGCUUAAGCAAUAUUUUUUUCUUUUGUGAAAGAAACAGUCAACUUACAGAUAUCUUUGCAGCUUUGAAGAUGGAUGCAGACAAGCAGGACAGUGAGUCGAUGAGCCCUGACAGCAUUGGAUCAGAAAAGCGCCCUGAGGAGUUUUUUGAGCCUCAGAUGCAAGGUUUCUUUGCUGGUGAACGAGUUGUACCGGAGAGCCCGACCAUGGAUAUGCCAUCUUUUGUGCCUCCAGAUGUUCAAAUCCAAGCCAAAGAACCAGUCAGAUCUCUCACACUUCAGCCCACAUAUGGGGAGCCAAUCACAGUGUCAGAAAAACAGCCAUCAGUGGAGGUGGUGGAGUUCAGCAGCAUCACUGCUCCUUCUGACUUUUCUUCGAUGGGAGUUAAAGCUCAGGCAGGAGACACAACUAGAGAGGCCAGAGACAAAUCAGGCAUGUCGGCAUACUUUGAAACUUCAACUAUGGAGACCGAGGAAGGUACAGAAUGUAAGGGCGAGGGUUAUUAUGAACUGAGUCGAUCUGGUGAAAAAACGAAUAAAGAUGAUUCCAAGUCCCAAGAAGUCAGCUACAGCACACUGGCAGAAGCUAAGGAUAACCCUGGAAUAAAAACAGCUCCACCUGGAGAUACCGACAUGUUUGCAAUUCCUGAUAGAAGUAAUGAAUGCAGGCUUUCGCCCGGUAAGCUCGCCUUAGAGCAGAGGAGUUAUUCACUCAACAUCACCAUUGGAACAACAGAUCAGAGUGGACAAGGCAGGCAAAGAAACUUCACCCCCCUGGCCACAGACAUCAUGUCAUAUACAAGUGGAAGUCUUGACGAGUCGGCUGACUACCUUCCAGUUUCUACACCCUGCAUAGAUAAGCCUCCGUCAUUUCCUCCUCUCAUCCUUGAGACUGCUGCUUCAGUCACAUCGGAUUCCUCUUCCCCUCCAAGAUCCGCUGAACCACCAUUAAAGGUCAGUCCAGAACCUGAAUCUCCUGAAUCACCCGAGCCAAAUAAAGGCCCUUACAAAAAUGGUUCAGUGAUGACACAGGACUUGCCGGAGAUGCUAGACCUUGCUGGUACCCGGUCCAGGCUGGCUUCAGAAAACGCAGACCCUGAAAUAAUCCAGAAGAAGCCACUCAAAGAUGAUGUUCCUAUCUUCACUGAUGAUCCUCUCGCUAGUAUGACUUCAGGGGAGCUGAGUCCUGGUGUAAGAAAAAGUGAUAGUCAACUGGAAGAGAUGGGGUAUUGUGUGUUCAGUGAAUAUUCAGGGCCUAUGCCAUCCCCUGCAGAUGUCCUCAGCCCUACAAACACCUGUGGACAAGUUUUUACCCCUUCUGUCUUGGAGGAGAAAGUGGCUGAACAGGCAAGAAAAUUAGCAGUAAGAGAUACAUCCUUGGAAGACAAGACUUUGUCAUCUGGAGGUGCCGAUGUUUAUGAGAGGGAUGACCAAAGCCAAGGGGAAAGAAAUGAUUCACUUGAAGAAAGCAGCAAAUACGAUUCAAAUGAUCAUCCAGCAAAAUCUGUAAGUGAGACACCUUUUGGUCAGCUUAGUGAGCCCUUUGUGACACCAACUGUCACCGUGACUCUAGAGGAAGGAGAGAGGUCAACGAGUGAGACCGAACGCCAAGCCAGUGGCGAAGGUUCAGUAUCAGAAACCGAGAUCGCCGACUAUGAGAGGCAGAUCCGCAAGCUGGAGAUGGAGGACAGGCCUCUAAGUCUUGAGGAGGAGCGGGAACUCCAGGAGCUCCGGGAGAAAGUGAAGCUGGUGCAUCAAGAGGCCUACGAAGAGGUGGAUGCUGAGGAUGUUUACCAGUUGACUGGCAUGGCCAAGGACCGCAUUGCCAGGCCAGUGAAAACAUCACCUACUUCUUCUAUAGAGAGCAACAUUGAUGAUGACAAACUGCUUUCCCCAGUACUCUCACCCUCCAAACUUAAGCAAAGAGAAUUAUACGGUUCACCCAAAAGAGCAGCUUCGCCUGUGUCAGGAGUAAACAAAGAUGAAAGGGAUGAACAAGAGAGGAAAAUGAAGGAAGACCAAGAAAGGGAAGCAACUGAGCGAAUAAAGAAAGACGAGGAAGAGAGAAGAAUGAAGGAGGAAGCAGAAUUCAAAGAAAGAGAGGAACAAGAGAGAAGGGAGAAAAAAGAGGCGGAAAGGAUACUGAAGGAAGAGAGAGAAAGGCACGAGAAAGAGUUGACAGAAAGACUUGAGAAAGAACAUAAAGAGAAAGAGGAGAUGGAGAUGAAAGAAAUGGAGGAGAAAGAGAAGAAAGAGAGGGUAGAAAGAGAAGAGAGGGAGAGAAAAGAUAAAGAAGAAUUGGAGAUGAAGGAAAAAGAAAUGGAAGAGAGGGAGAGGAAAGAAAUGGAAGAGAGGGAGAGGAAGGAGAAGGAAGAAAUACAAGAGAGGGAGAGGAAGGAGAAAGAAGAAAGGGAGAGGAAAGAAAUAGAAGAGAGGGAGAGGAAGGAGAAAGAAGAAAAGGAGAGGGAAGAAAUAGAAGAGAGGGAGAGGAAGGAGAAAGAAAAGGAGAGGGAAGAAAAAGUGAAAGAACAAAUGGAACGAGAGGAAAGAGAAAGGAAUGAAAGAAUGGAAAAAGAGAGAGCAGAGCAGGAACUGAAAGAGAAAAUGGAAAAGGAAAAGAUGGAGAGGGAAAUAAGAGAGAAGGAGGAGAUGGAAAAGAUGGAGAGGGAACUCAAUAAGGAGAAAGAACAAGAGAAACUGGCUGAAAUAGACAAAAUGGUUUCAGACCAGCCAGUAGAAGCCAAAGGAAUGCAGCAGACAGAAAAUGUCUCCAUAAAUCUUGCUGAAGGAAAUCUGCCUAAAAAGGAGAAUGCAGAAGUAGAGGUGACAAAAGAGAUACCAGAGACCCAUGCUGCGAUUGAAUCUGUGGUGAUGGUUGAAGACGAUUUCAUCACAGUGGUGCAAACCAUCGAUGAAGCCGAAGAACCUGGUCACAGUGUUCGUUUCUCUGCUCCACCUGAGGCAGAAGCCCUUUGUGUUGGUGCACGGAAAGAAGAAGAAGAAGGGGCAGAAGAUGAUGAAUCUAUAGAGCUGGCUGAGGAAGCAGAUUUGGAGGCAGCCAGCCUUGAAGAGGUAGGGGAAGUUCCUGAAGCCCCUGCCUCCCCAGCACAGGAAGCUCAGACCAGAGAAACAGAGGGACGGUCAGAAAGCUACGAUAGAGAUGAAACUACAGUUGAUGACUCCAUCCUUGACAGCUCCUGGGUAGACACACAAGAUGAUGAUAGGAGUAUGGCAACGGAGCAGAUUGAGCUUUUACCCAAGGUGCCCAGUCCAGUUAAGAAACCGGCUGUCGUACAGAGUAGUCUGACAAAACAACGAAGUACGGAAAAACAAGAAAAAUCUGUCAAACCCAAAACUAAAGGAGGGCGAGCUAAAGGACGCAUCUCCACUCCUGAACGCAAACCUGUUCGCAAAGAGCCCAUCUACAUACCCAGAGAAGAGAUCAAAAAGAAAAAAGCCAUCAUAAAGAAGACUGAGUUCAACAAAAAAGUGGAGACUCAGACUCUGUCUCCGUCCAAGCGGAGCGCCAUGAAGACAGCAGUCCGUCACACGAGGCCGAUCCAGCAUCACUCCUGCCCAAGAAGGAGACCCACAGAAGCCCUUUCAGACAGUCGCCACCCUCUUAGUGUUGCCAGACAGUCUCGAGACAGAGCAUCAGAUGGUGGGUCACGGAGUCCAGUAAAAAGAUCAUCUGCACCACGUCAUGCCUCUAUCCUGGGUCGCCGUGGCUACCACGAACACGAGGAGAGUUCAACCUCCAUCACCAGCUCUGGAUCGACUGCUCCCCGCAGACCCACAUCAUUUCGCACUGAAAUGAGAGCAGAGCAUAGGAUAGGACGAGCCCCAAGCAUGACAGUUACAGAAUCGGUACGUUCCCGUUCAGCUCGCAGUGGGCACUCCACCCCUCGUACCCCGGGCUCCACAGCCAUCACCCCAGGAACCCCUCCCAGCUACUCGUCAUCUUCAAGAACUCCCGGGACCCCGCGCUCCCUCAGUUUGAUUUCCCAGGAGAGGAAAGUGGCGGUGGUCCGCACCCCACCAAAGUCACCCGCAACCACUCCCAAGCAGCUGCGCAUCAUCAACCAGCCGCUGCCUGACUUCAAGAAUGUCAAGUCCAAGAUUGGGUCAACAGAGAAUAUCAAAUACCAGCCAAAAGGAGGACAGGUACAAAUACAGAACAAGAAGAUUGACCUGAGCCAUGUGACCUCCAAAUGUGGUUCUCUCGACAACAUUCAUCAUCGACCAGGUGGCGGUAAUGUGCGAAUAGAGAGUGUGAAGUUGGAUUUCAAAGACAAAGCUCAAGCCAAGGUGGGUUCACUGGAGAAUGCACAUCAUAUUCCUGGUGGAGGUCGCAUUAUGAUUGAGAGCCACAGGCUGACAUUUCGUGAGCAUGCAAAGGCCCGUGUUGACCAUGGAGCUGAGAUCAUCGUCCAGUCACCUGGUCUGUCAGGCUCCGUCUCUCCCCACCAUCAGAAGGAAAGCCAGCUGUCGUCCUCUGGCAGUCUCAACAUAAUGGAGUCUCCACAGUUAGCAACCUUGGCCAAGGAUGUAAGUGAUGCCUUAGCCAAGCAGGGCUUGUGAACACUGGACCUCUAGACUGCUGCUGUGCAUCCAAGACACCCUCACCUUUAAGAACUCUUCUGCCCUCUCUCGCCAUCAUGAAACAAAGUGGUUACCAUUGAUGCUCAGCACACAGAGGUUUCCUUAACAUCUUUAUCGCAGCAUCUGUCACUAAACUCUAAGCAGAGACUAGACUUAGAAGCUACUGUGUUUUGGUCUUCUAUUUUUAACCUUAAACAUGUGUUUUUUCUGAUUUGUUUUGUGGAUAUUCCUUUAUGUUUUGAACAAUGUUUCGCAUAGUUAGACUGGGCGUUUGCUCUAGAUUAAGUGGUAUAUCUGUCAACACUGGCUUUACUGGUCUUGGAUCAGCGUAUCGAAGAAGCGACAGCCUUUUUUUUUCUACUCUAAGCAAC